AAGACAAAGAUGUCUGUAUCAGUGGAUAAUCCUGUGGCAGUUGAAGAUAUCGCCAACACAGACCUGGAAUGGUGUUUCAAUCCACUGAUGACACUUCUUGACUUAGCAGGGAUGCAUAUGCCAAUGAAAAGACGAAAGGCUUUCAAUGCUUUAAGCAUCGGGUACAGCGUUUGCUUCUAUGUCUGUCUUUGCCUCGGAAACACUCGUUUUUUUCUCUUCACACGUGGCACUGAUACUGUGGGCAAAUGGACGACUCUGCUGUCUUACUGUGGGUUUCAAGUCACUUGUUCUUACUUCACCUUUGCGACUUGUUUCAGCAUCAACAGACACCUGCCAAAGUUGUUUAAGGAAUUUGACUCAUAUCGAAAGAGUUAUGGCUCAGCCACUGACAAUGCUAAAAUCAGGCGAAUAGUUAAAAUACUGUUGUGUCUGCUUUUAUGUCACAGUUGUAUCAUCCAGGCAUUUAUAUAUAUGACAACGUUUUAUAAUGUUAAUCCCAAAGCAAUACAUCUCUCACCUUUGGGCUCCAUUCAAGAGGACUACCAUCUCAUCUUCAAAACAGUAUACAAUGUUUGGCUUUGGCUUUGCAUACUUCAGAUGACCGCCAUCUUAACAUUUUUCGUCAUUUUCACGUACUGUCUCUCCAAGGAAUAUUCUAGGACAAAUUCUCAAAUAAAACACGUCUUUGACAAAGCGGGUAAAGAUGCGCCAUCAACAAGAGAAAUUGACAGAAUUCGUAGACAGUUUGAAGACAUUUGUUCUCUUGUAGAAACGGCUGAUGAGGUAUUCAAACAUGUGAUCGGCUCCUGCUACAUUGCAUCCGUUCCUGUCAUCUGCCUUAUGCUCUAUGGCUUGAUACACAAUGACUUGAUGAUAGAAGAGAUCAUAAUGUUGAUUGAAUCCCUGGUGGUCGUUAUGACGAUUGUUGUCGUUUUGACUUUGACUUCAGUGGCUUUGAACUUCAAGGCCCAUUCCAGUCUGACGUGCCUCCUCAAGGUUGAUUUGUCAAGAUUGCCACACAAAGAUCUGCAAAUCAUUACCGUUUUCAUUACAAGAAUAACAACCACAAAUAUUGGGUAUACCCUGUACAAUCUCUUCACAGUCGACAGUUCGACCAUCCUAAUGGUAAGUACUGUGGUGGUAGAUGUAAGUCUUAAUUGUGGGAUAUACGGGUUAUAGGAGUUACGUGAGUAUUGUUAUGUAUUAUGUCCUUCGCGGUGACAACAAAUGCCUCUUUAACAAUAUGUAUAUGGAUAUAACAAAUGAAAAAGAUAUGUCGAUUGUUUAGGGUGAUAUCGCUCUUAACUUCUGAUAUUUCAACUUGUGCAUCUACUGCCUUCCGACCACGUGCCAUUCAUCUAUC